GAUAUUACACAGUGUGCAGGGGGUGCCAUAAAGACAGAGAAUACUCUCUAUAGGAAACUGCCCUCGGCGGCUUCGCUGUCCUGCCAAAAAGAUGCUCUCUCUGGAUUCACUACAUUUUGACAAUUCCUUCAAUUGGACGUAUCCUGAUAUGAUGCUUCAAGACUUGGAGAACUUUGCCAAGCAUCCUGCCAACUUAACACAGACCACUGAACCUGAACCUCACAUAGACUACCUAUGGAACUGGAUGGACCCCCAGGAUGCCUGCUAUGAGGGGUAUGAGAACGGCCAGCUAACACCACUUCAAAAUGUCCAAGUUUCCUGCAUGCAGGGAACCUACCCUCACUACUCCCUAGACAACAGCCAGAACCUAAGUGGUGCGUCCCCUUGUCUGACGCAAUGUCCUGUGCCUGAGCAGAUGUACAAUACUGAGCCACUUAAUCCCUAUCAUCAGACGUAUCAGUUACCAUGUAACCUAAGAAGCCCAUCCCUUUCUGAAGAAGAUGAUCCAAAUCUAGAGGUGUCAGACAGCGAAUCUAGUGUUUAUUCUCCAUCAAGUUUUGUGGGUUGUGAACCAGGCGUUCGAAAGAAGGUUCGACUAUACAAAUUUCUUCUGGAGCUCCUGCAGAAUGGUGACAUGAGAGAUUGCAUCUGGUGGCUGGACCGUGAGAGAGGGACCUUUCAAUUCUCCUCAAAGCACAAAGAGCUUCUAGCUCACCGAUGGGGGCAACAAAAGGGAAACCGUAAGAAGAUGACCUACCAGAAGAUGGCACGUGCUCUACGCAACUAUGGCAAGACUGGAGAGAUCAGGAAGGUGAAGAAGAAGCUGACAUAUCAGUUUGAUAAUGUAUUACUGAGUGAAAGAAAAGCUGAGUCCGCCAUGCAUCCACUCUGUUAAGCCAAUCAUCAUCUACUGACUGUAAACUUUUAUAUACUUUUGAUGUUCUCAUAUUUCAAUGAAGUUUUGUAGACAUCACACUGGCAAGUCUAUAUGACUUCAGAAUCUUCGCUGAAUCAUAUUCCCUGUGUAAUGAAUAAAUGGCAAGUAAGGCCCAUAAUUUCCCCACAGACCUUCUACAACUGCCUGAACAUCAUCAUGAAGGAGAAAAUUUGUUGGGACAAGUUAUAAUUUUUUUUUGAGAAGAAGCAUCUUUAAGGGAAAGCAGUUAUUUUCUGACAAGUGGAUGAUAAAGCACGUGCUCUUUAAGUCCACCGUGCCUUAAAAGUUGAUCCCCACUGCCAGGCCUUAUCCCAAACAAUGCAGAUGUUUAUUCCAAAAGUGGACCUUUCCGUAAAGAUGAACUCAUUUACGUUAUAGACUGAUCCUCCUUUUAUCAUAGACUGAUAUCAUUUUCAAGAAGGUUUAAAAAAAAAAAAACAACAACAAAGGACCUCUACCGUACGAAAACAUUUGGGGGCUUUUGCUUUUUUUUAAAGGUCUAUUGGCAGGCUUGUCAGAUCCUUCUAAAAUCUGUUAUUUUUUCAGGUUUUCUUUUAAAAAAACAACAACCCAAAACAUUUAUUUUCUUCCAUAUUGGAUAGAUUAGGGAUAAAAAUACAACUGAGAGACUUAUGAUAUUAAAUCACUGGAGUUCAGUUACUGGCACUGCCAUGUAUGUAUCCCUCAGUUUGAUCUAUGAUCCACUCCUUUGACAGUUGCAGGUGAUCAAUGAAGCAGCAGUUCAUAUAAAGUUGACAGAUAUUAAUGGGCAUAUUACCUGCUGGUUUUAAUCUGUCCCCUGCUGGCAUCCAAUGCAUUCUAGUUAUAAAGAGGCCCACGCCUCUUAAUAAUUGUAGUGCAUCUGUGCACCAAAAGGGAAAUCAACACCAGGAAAUGAGCUGGUGAAGAUUUCCACUAUACAGCUUCCUGGCAUAGACUGCAAUAAAUGUGCCGAGCCUGCUACAGCCAACUCUGUACCGCCCACUUUUUGGAAAAGUGAGGAGCAGGGCCCUAAACCCCUAAAAAGUCA